CCUCUUUUUUAUUUAUUUUCUUUGUAUAUAUCAACACUUUUAUAAGGAAAAUGAGUUUAUUCGCUACAGCUCCUACAGAGACUCACUUGGUUGAGUUCAAUGCCGGUAAAUGUAUUGUCGAAGGCACCUGGAUUAAACCCGAUUUAAGAAAGGGUAAACUUUAUAUGGAUCAGGGUGAUGAUCAAUUAUUACACUUGUACUGGAAGGAACGUAAAAAUCAAGCUACUCCUGAAGACAACAUGAUUAUCUUUCCUGACGAGGCAGAAUUUAAAGCAGUAACUCAGUGCACAACAGGUCGUGUUUAUGUCUUGAAAUUCAAAACAUCUAAUGAAAGUCAUUUCUAUUGGUUACAAAGUAAAAACGAUGAAAAGGAUCAAGAACUUGUCGAACGUGUCAAUGAACUCAUUCGCGAUCCUGAGAGUAACAUGAAUGCUUCUUCUGAAUUGGAUGAAUCCACUUCUCAUGCUGAACUCAUGCGCCUUUUAAACGGUGUAGAAAACCAAGAUCCCAACUUGACUCCUGAAAACCUCUUACAGUUUCUCAAUAGUAUGAACGGAUCUGCUGAUACACAAGAUGAUGAUGAUGACGAUGAUGAAGCCACUACACCUCCCGCCAACAUCACUUCAACCCCCGCUGUGACAGAAACACCCGUUGUCUCUGCACCUGUUGCUGCUCCUGCACCUGCCGUUCAGCCUGCACCUGCUGCUACUGCUGCUACUGCUGCUCCCAGCAACAAUCAACAAUCCACUGAACAAUUGGAUCAACUUCGCCAAAUGCUUGCUAAUAUUAGACCCGCUGAGGGAUCAGCACCGAUUUCAUUAAGUGAUGUUUUAACCUCACAGUCAUUGACACCUUUAUUAAAUGACCCAGAGAUUUGUGCAUCAUUAUUCCCUUUUUUGCCUGAGGAGUCCGAAAGAUCUGCCGAAGAAGUUCGACAAGUUGUGAAAAGUCCUCAAUUCAGUCAAGCUUUACAAAGUCUCAGCGCAGCUCUUGCUACUGGGCAGUUGGGACCUUUGUUGUCUCAACUUGGUUUAGACCCUUCUGCUGGAAAUAGUGUCGAGUCCUUCUUAAUAGCUAUUGGUGAACAAGCCAAGCAAAAAAAGAACGGCGAUGCCAUGGAUGAAGAUUAGAUUUAUUUUAGUGUAAAAAUAAAAUGAAAAAAAAAAAGGUUUUUUUUUAUAAUUUAUUUAAUCUAGUCUUGCAUAAAGAC